AUGUCGACGGCAUCUGUUCAGAAGCUUUUUGAAUUGGGCACAAAGAUCAUCGCCGUUGGUAGAAACUACGCCGCACAUGCUAAAGAACUAGGCAACGCCGUUCCCACGGCACCGGUGUUGUUUAUGAAACCAACGUCUUCUUACUUGAGAAAUGGCGGAACAAUCCAAAUUCCACACAACGAGAGUUCUCUUCAUCACGAGGUCGAACUCGCCGUAGUCAUCGGUAAGAAAGCUCGUGAUGUUCCUGAAUCAUCUGCCAUGGAUUACGUUGCCGGUUAUGCACUCGCACUUGAUAUGACUGCCAGGGACCUUCAAUCGGCUGCUAAGUCUGCAGGUCUUCCAUGGACUGUCUCAAAAGGCCAGGACACUUUCACACCAAUUAGUCCCAUUUUGCCCAAGACUUCUGUACCAAACCCUGAUGACCUAGAAUUAUGGAUUAAGGUGGAUGGGGAAAUUAGGCAGAAGGGCUCAACUAAGGACAUGAUAUUCAAACUUCCAUUUCUAAUUAGCCACAUAAGCUCUUUGAUGACAUUGUUUGAAGGAGAUGUCAUUCUAACUGGCACUCCCCCAGGAGUUGGCCCUGUGAAAGAAGGUCAAAAAAUUACUGCAGGUAUUACAGACCUCGUGGAUGUGGAGUUUAAUGUCGAAAAUCGAAAAAUAUCCGGAAACUAA